CACGCGCAAAGGUCAACACUCGUGACGAUGCCUGUCACCCCAAAAACGGGCGGACGACACGCAUACAUAGCCAAACGGUGAAAGAUAAUGAACCUGUUAACGCACCACACGGCAAUCGGUCGCUCGGCAAGCAGCCCUUCAAUUCAGUCGAGCGCUAGUGCGAAGUAACGAUGACCUGCAGCAACAGAGAGAUUCUGAUUGAAGCCGCACCACAACGACUAGAGGCCGCUUAUAGAGAAAUCUUUACCGAUGGAGCAUUGCAAUUUUUGGCUCGGCUGGUGGCUGAAUUUGACUCCGAAGCUGAGCAGCUAUUACAAAACCGGGUCAAGCGUAGACUGCUGAUUGAGGAAGGCUCGUGGGUGCCAGAGUUCUGCAACCCCAGUGAGUCUUUGGAAUGGACAGUUGAACCGUUGCCGGCGCGGUUGCGUAACCGUAAGCUCGAUCUUGGUGAUGUGAGUCCUGCCAAUACGGUUCACUUUACCGACUGUUUGUACGCCAAUGUGCAGGGAAUACAGGUCGAUUUCGAUGAUGGACACUGCCCUACCUGGCGUAACACGAUCCAGGGAAUAUCGAAUGUAACGCGUGCGGUGCAGGGUACGCUGCAGGGUGCUCCAGCUGAUGUACAGGCGUACCCCCUGCUAAUGCUUCGCCCAAGGGCGUUCAACAUGAUCGAGCAUCAUUGCAUCGUGAACGGGAAGGAGGUGAUUGGACCGCUGUUUGACUUUGCGCUGCUUAUGUACCAUAAUGGGCGCACGAUGGCAAACCUAGGCAUAGGGCCCUUCUUCUACCUCUCAAAGAUAGAGGAUCCAAGUGAAACGACGCUCUGGAACAAAAUCUUCACCUGGACCGAGAAUCAGCUGAGCCUACCGAACGGGACGAUCAAAGCGUGCGUUUUGAUUGAAAACAUUCUCGCCGCCUUUCGUAUGGAGGACAUCCUGUACGCGAUCAAAGAGCAUGCGAUCGGAUUGAACUGUGGAAUCUGGGAUUACUGUGCAAGCAUUAUUGCCAAGUUUGGAUGGAGAAAGGAAUUUCUUCUACCGGAUCGCAACAAGUACGUUAAUAUGGGCCAACCGUUCUUGAGAAACUAUAUGCGGCUACUGAUCAACGUGUGCCAUAGACGGGGCGCACUGGCGACCGGUGGUAUGGCGGCAAAAAUUUUACCCCGUGGAAAGGAAAAAUCGAAUUUAAGUGACGACGAAAUAAUAGAAAGCGUGAAAUUGACAAAAUCGGUAGAAAUUGAUGCCGGCGUAGAUGGGUUUAUGAUUUACGAUCUACGGAUGGUUGAUGCCAUAAAUGAGCUGUGGGAAGGUAAAACGCACGGCGACAAUCAGCUCAACAUUUUACCCAACAUCAACCACGUUACAGCCGAUAGUUUGCUACAGAUUCCGAAGGGAGGCGUAACGAUCGACGGAUUGAACAAUAACAUUAGGGUGGCGCUUCUAUUCAUUUACCAUUGGCUUACGGGAAGUGGUGUGUUCUUCCUGAACGGUUCCGUGGAAGAUUCGGCAACGGCAGAAAUCUCACGAUCCCAGCUGUGGCAGUGGAUCCGUAUGGGAGCCGUUUUGGAGGAUCGUGAAAAUGCCAUCGUUACGCGCCAGCUCGUCUAUCAGAUGAUGGAUAAAAUCAUCUCCUCCGCUUACCGUGCCUGGUGCAUUACGCCGGCCGAUCGGAAACGGUUGCUGUCCGCAAAGUAUAUGCUGCUGGACGUUAUCUCUUCGCGGCACUACAUCGAAUACAUCACCACGCAUUUGAACGACAGUCACAAAUUUCGCACAUUGCACAAUAAAAAUGAUGGGCUGAUGGCUAAGUUAUGAAAAAAAGAAGCGAAUGCGGUGUACAAUUUUAAGGCGGGCAGUAAAACAAUUUGGAAAAUUAUUUUUCAAAAAAUCAAAACAAACAAUUUGCGCAAACUGUCAAUCGCGUUGUCCGUUUGUGUUGUUUGUGUGCGGCCUACGCAAAGCGCAAACGUCAGCUGUAAACGUCAAAACCGUUCGCCCCUGCUUGAAAAGUUAUUAUUUUUCUAUUUUCUUUCUUGUGUGGGUUGAAAAUUUGCCGUGCCGUCGCAGGUUGUUGCCAUUUUUUGUGAUUUCGGAGGCUACAUUUCCCAACGUUUGGGACACGCGGUGUGCAUUUAACUGUGGGUGUGAUAAUCGUGUGGACGGAGCCGGAAGAAAGCGUCCAAGAGUUGUACGCGCCAUUCAUGGAUGUUCCCUAGGAGCUGUGAUCGCUUUGUUGUGUGUUGUGUGGUGUUGAUUGUACGCAGGAAGUGGAUAAAAACGGUGCCUAACUUUCUCCAUCGCAAGUGGUUCCAUUUCGACGAUUGAUACUGGGUACUAGGAAAGCCUACGCAAGCCUUAUCAUCAACGCCGCUAGCA